AUGGGCCGACCUCGAAAAUACGCCUCUGUUGAAGAAAGAAAAGCGGCGAGGUCAGCCCGAGCGUGGAAGAAGCGCCAGGCUGCACGCGCUGCAGAACCCCUGAGAUUCGUCGAAUACCGUCCCCCGGCGGCGCAUCGGUCCACUGGCAUUACAGAACAACCACCGAGCUACUUUCCUCCGGGAGAAGUCUCUACCACUGAGGUUGAGCAACUUCCACCUCUCAACCCUGGCCUUGAGCCAUGGGCACCGUCUACUCUGGAAGUCCUGCCCGUGGAAGUCCUGCCCGUGGAUGAUAUUGAUGAGCCUCAGCUAAAAUCCACGCCUGAUGUGAGCAAUGAGCCUGUUACACACAGAGAGACCAGGCAACCUCGGAAGAAGGGAAUGAUGACUGGUGAGUCACUGCUGUGA